ACGUAUCUCAUGGAGUCGCUGGUUUACAACGGAACAUGGCGGGCGCGUUCUAGAUGAAAAAUAAUUAUUGUAUCGUGUAUUGAAUGUAAAAAUGGAUGUUGAAAGUGAUUUGAAAAAUGGCCGUUACUUGUGUCCGCUGACGUACACGGAUCUUGGUUUCAGUGUUAAGGGCAGGUGGCUCUUUUCAAGGAAGAGAAAAGAUAAUGAUUUACAAAUUAUUCUUAAGGAUGCUUGUGGGGCGAUUCGGCCAGGUCGCCUUACAUUCAUACUUGGACCCUCAGGGGCUGGAAAGUCUACGCUACUGAAAAUAUUAGCCGGCAGAAAGAAAUCUGGCGUGACCGGAUCUCUGCAAGGAGUUUCCCGGAAUGUAGUCUUGGUGCCACAACACGUGACACUUAUAGACACUCUCACUGUGAAAGAGACAAUGCAAUUCGCUGCUUCAUUGAAACUAUCUCGUGCUAGUUAUCAAGAACAAUGUAAUGCUAUAGAAAGAAUAUUAAAACAAUUAGGCAUCCAUGAUGUCUUGAAUACGAGAGCCGGUCGACUGUCGGGGGGAGAACGCAAAAGGCUCACCGUUGCCUGUGAGCUUCUCACGGAUCCAUCAAUUAUGUUACUCGAUGAACCGACAAGCGGUCUAGACUCCGUAUCUUCAAUGUCAGUAGCGAGGGCUCUAAAAACAGUAGCACAAAGUGGAAGAACAGUGGCAUGUGUGAUACACCAGCCUUCUUCUCAACUGUUCACAUCUGCUGAUGACGUAAUUCUAAUGGCUAAUGGCAGGACAUUAUACGCUGGCGCCGUUACGGAUGUACCAGAACUGAUAAGGAAAUCUGGUUUCGUGUGCCCACUCUAUUACAACUUGGCCGAUUACCUUUUAGAAAUUGCAAGCGGGGAACAUCCUGGUAAUCUAACAAAUCUAGAAACUAGUACAAAAACUUAUGCACUGGAAAUAAAAAGAAAUGCAGAAAAAGAUACUCAGGAAAGAAGUGAAAAGGAUAACUCAACAGAAGCUGAAGCCUUAUUACACAGAAAAGUUCAGCCCGACAAUCAUUACGAGGCAGGAUUUGUGCAACAACUACGGUCGCUUCUUUGGAGGGGCUACUUGGGAGCUCUUAGGGACAUUCAUUUAACGCAGAUACGGAUUUUAACCCAUUUCGUGGUGGCGUUAUUGUUGGGUGCUUUGUAUCAAGGCGCCGGUGCAGAGGCGAGCCGUAUGAUUUCAAAUACAGGAUGUCUAUUCUUUUUCUUACUAUUUUUAUAUUUCUCAAACGCAAUGCCCACAAUACAUACUUUCCCAGUGGAAUCAACCGUGGUACUUCAGGAACAUCUCAACAAAUGGUAUUCCCUAUCAACGUAUUGCAUCACAAAAGUUAUAGUGGAUCUGCCUAUUCAGCUACUUUGCGCAACGAUAUUUGUUUUACCGGCGUGGUACUUAACUUCUCAGCCACUUGAACCAUAUAGACUCAUUUUGGCAUGGAGUAUUUGCACCCUCCUGACAAUCCUAGCUCAAACUUUUGGCCUAGUAGUCGGAGCUGCGUGUGGAGUUAAGCUCGGUCUUUUCGUGAUUCCUGCUGCCAACAUCCCCAUGUUAAUGUUUUCUGAAUUCUUUAUCCCCUACCACGAAAUGCCAUCUUAUUUACAGCCGUUCGCUUUAAUGUCCUACUUCCGUUACUCUUUUGAUGCAUUCAUGCAAACCGCUUACGGCUUCGGUCGCAAGAACUUACCUUGCAACAAAAUAUUUUGUCUAUUCAAGCAACCUGACAAAUAUCUUGACUACUUGGGCCUUCAGCAAAACUUCUCAAAUGAUGUUAUAGCACUUGUUAUUUGGAUUGUUUUAUUAAAAAUAUCAUUGAUUUGUGUUUUAAAAUACAGAGUCUUCAAAGCUUGUCGAUAACAUUAGUAAUAUUAUAACAACUUUUAAAAGAGUUUAAUGUAUUAAAUUUGGUUGGUAUAAGGUGUAAAGAUAAAAUAGUUUGUAAGUUGAAGAGUUAUUGUAUAUGACUUGAUGUAUUCGUUAUAAAAAAAAAUCUCAUAAAAUAACAAACGAUAUUAAAAAAAAUAAAAGUAUUCAUUUUA